AUGUGUGAAGGCACCAAAGGGGAGGUGCUCUCGUCCUCAGUCAGGAAGGUUCACGAAGAGUUCGACAAGGCGGUGGGAGAUUUUCGGCAGGUCCCCUAUGACAUCUUCGAUGUGAAGGAGACGGACUUCAUCAAAGACUUCCACGAGUUCCGAUUGACCAUCCGCGACCUGGACCGGCGCUUGGGCUCCAUCCUGGCCGCGGCCUUCCGGGACCAGGACACGCUGCAUGGCCGUGCCAAGUUGUUGGAUGCCUUUGAGGGGCUGCUGGAGCGGCCGGUGCUUCAGGCGGAGCUGGUGCGAAAGCAGCAGGCUAUGAUUGGGCAGUACAAGCAGGAUGUCGAGGAGCUCGAGGCUAUGCAGGCUGGCUUUGCAGCCAACGUGGACCGGGUGGACGCCUGCGAGCCAGAUGCUCCUAUCUUCUACAACUUGCCGCCUGUUGCCGGCGCCCUCUUCUGGGCGCGAAGUUUGCGGAUGCGCUUGCGGGAUCCCAUGCCGAAGAUCUUAGCAUGCAACGAGUGUGGGCCUCAUUGUGUGAGAUGUCUUUUGCACCUCCAAGCUGUGUGCAGUGGGUCAGGGUAUGGCAGGGUUGUGGCACAGUUUUUUGUACCAGCGAGCACGAGGGAUACCGCACCAUAA